AUGGUUUCCUUCAUUGAUGAUAUUCAGUUGUGUUCCUAUCACAAACUGAGCCAUAUUCAAGUAAAGAUGGCCUGGAUCUCCAAUGUUCUCAGUGCCAACUUCAGUGAGCAGAUGCAAAGGCUGUUGAUGAACCACGAGGAGGAUUUCCACAGACUGAUCUGUUACUUGGAACAGAAUGACACCAAAAGUGAAAAAAGCCACACAUUGCAACUCUUUGCAGGCUGUGAACUGGAAGAUGACAUCCAGAUGGAUAGCCAUGUACAUUUAGCUUGGGAUGGUGAGGACUUGUUCCGGAGAGAUGAGCAGCAAGGAUACUGGAUUUUCCUGAAGCCAAUGGGCUACAUUUUAAAAACUGCUGUGGAAAGUGCCUUCUGGGACAGUGUGAGAAAACACUACAUGCAGGAAUAUUGUUUUGACAUAAUGAGAAAAAUUCUUAGGCAUUCAGGGAUCAAGGAGAAUGUGCCUCCUGAAGUGACUGUGUCUCGCCAUGAUGCCCUGGAUGGCACCAUUACCCUCUCCUGCACAGCCACAGGCUUCUACCCCAACUCCAUUCUGCUGGGCUGGGAGAAGGGUCAUGAACAUGCUAUAUGGGGGAAAAAGAGCUCCAGCGGCACCCUGCCCAAUGCUGAUGGCACCUUCUACCUCCAAAUAACCCUAGAGCUCCUGCCAGAGGAUCCAGGGAUUGGUUACACUUGUGUGGUAGAGCACAGAGAGUUGAAAACACCAGCUGUAUAUCCUGCUCCUGGGAAGCCCACUAAGGAGAAACCUUGGGCCAUGGCAUUGGCCAUUGUGACAGUUGUCAUCCUGGGGGUGAGCUGUGCUUUAGCUUUCAUCACAAGGAAGGAAAAGAAGACAGCUCUUGCCCGGGGACCUGCUUAA